GAUUCUCUCUGCCUGUUUCUCCUCAGACUGACGAUGGCUGAAGCCCAGCUGUGUGGAUUACAGGAUGAGGUCACCUGCUCGGUGUGUCUGGACACCCUGACUGACCCCGUCUCAAUCCCCUGUAGUCACAAUUUCUGUCUGAAGUGCCUCACGGACUGCUGGGAUCAGAGCCAAGAGUGCCGCUGUCCUCAGUGCAGACACACCUUCACCACAAGGCCUGAGUUGAACAGAAACACUCUGCUGAAUGAAGUUGUCAAGAAAUUAAAGAAGAUGGGACUCACUCCUUCUCCACCUCAUUCUCAGAAUUCUGCUGGCCCUGGAGAUGUGGAGUGUGACGCCUGUACUGGGAAGAAGUUCAGAGCGGUGAAGUCCUGUCUGACCUGUAUGGCCUCCUACUGUCAGACUCACCUGCAGCCUCACUAUGAGAUAGCGGCCUGGAAGGGACACAAGCUGACUGAUCCUGAUGGAAAUCUGAAGGAGAAACUCUGUGCAACUCAUCAGAAAAGUCUCGAAAUAUUUUGCAAAACUGAUGAGACCUGUAUCUGCAUGAUGUGUGUGGUGACUGGACAUAAAAAUCAUGAAAUGGUUGAGCUGGAGACAGAAAGAGAAGAAAAAGAGGCAGUCGGGGACCAACUACAGCCUGCAGACCAAAACUGGCCUGUGACAUGGGUACAAGCAGCACUUGGAUUGUUUGUAGAAAUAUUAACAUUCUGA